UAUUGGCAGCUCUUAUAUUAGGUAUAGAUUUAGCAGCACCAUGUCAAGGGACUUGGCUAGCAUUUUCUAAAUCAUAUAAAAAGUUUGGAGCAAUGCUAAAUAUUCCAGGGACUGCUAAAACAACUGAAACCAGUAGAGGCAAGGUGUUAAAAGAAUAUAUCAUGACCGACAUAUCAGCAGAUAAAUUUAUUGAAGAUAUAAAUGAUUAUUCACAGAAUUGUAACCAGUUUAUCUUGGUGUCUGUAACCUUUGAUGGAAAUCUUACCCCAGUAAUUCAAACAUACAACAAUGUUACAAAUAGGCUAGAUACAUGGAAUGAAAAGUAUGUGGGAUUCUCCAACACUGUUCCUGGUACAUGCCUAACAAAAGUUAAAGGUGGUUUGAAGAUGUUUCAAAAUGUUUGUGAACGAUUUUCUAAAGAAGAACAAAGGGACCAGUUGACUGAAGAACUGUUUAACAUUUUGAAAUGUAGAGAAAAACAUUUGCCUGAUGAGGUCCUCGAACUAGCCAAACCCGAUAGCUAUGAGUUGUUUAGUUCCAUCUUUGUUGCCAUUCCAAAAAUCAGAUAUGGAACAAGAACACACACUUUACUGCUUGUUACAAAGUCUGGUCAUGUCAAUAUAAUUGAAUCAACAAUGGAGCCUCCUAUUGACACAAGCAAACCAAAUUGGAUUAAAACCAAUUAUGAAUGUAAAUUGUAAUUUGGAACUGACGUUAUAAAUUGCAUUAGAACAAUUCAACUGCUUAGAAAUCGUAAUUGAUAUUGCUCUUUGAUUAAAAUAUAUUUUGAUGUUUG